CAGAUUUGGUGACUUAACUAGCAGGAUGUAUAAGCAGCGACCCUGGAGGGGCUUCGUGGCCUGGUGGUCCAGGCCCUGGCCCGGUCCCAGGGCCACCAGAGAAAAGGCCAAGUCUCAUAAGUCCCUCCCAACCUUGACCUAGCUCAGAUCUUACCGAAAGAACCUGUCAUCCAAGGGAAGGAGCGGUUUGCCCCUCAACCACUCAAGGACUCUGCCAGUCCGGCUCCCACGCCCCUGUCUGUUGUUGCGGAAGAUAGGUGUCGGGUUACCAGUUCAGGGGCUAUAGUUAGCCGCGGGGACUUUGUUCAGCAGUCCGAGACCUGCGCAGCUCCUGCCCGCACUUCAGACCAAAUCUGCCGCAAAGGACCAGAGCCCCUGCCCGCUCUAGGCCUCCACCAACCUCCAGGAGGAAGGUCCUGGAGCUCAUCCAAGCCAGCACCCCUCUUCCUCUGGCCUCAUCAUCUGUUUCCUACCAUUCUGGGACUCCUCCAAGGAUGAUUCUGGAGGAUCUGCUAAUGGUCCUCAGCUGCCUCGGCCUGCACACCCUCUGGAAGGUCCAAGCUGUUCCUAUCCUGCCCCUGAGCCUGGUUCCAGACACCUUCGAUGAUGCCUACGUGGGCUGUUCCGAGGAGAUGGAAGAGAAAGCAGGCCUGCUGCUAAAGGAGGAGAUGGCACGCCACGCCCUGCUACAGGAAUCCUGGGAAGCAGCCCAAGAGGCCUGGGAACACAGGCGUCACAUGCUUACGCUACCUCCUGGCUUCAGAGCCCAGCAUGGAAUAGCUAUCAUGGUGUACACCAACUCAUCCAACACCUUGUACUGGGAGCUGAACCAGGCUGUGCGGACAGGGGGCCGUUCCCGGGAGCUCUACAUGAGGCACUUCCCUUUUAAGGCCCUCCACUUCUACCUGACCCGGGCCCUGCAGAUGCUGAGAGGCACUGGGGGCUGCAGUGGGGGAGAUGGGGAGGUGGUGUUCCGAGGCAUGGGCAGCCUUCACUUUGAACCCAAGAGGCUGGGGGACUUUGUCCGAUUAGGACAGUUUGCCUCCAGCUCUCUGGAUGAAACAGUGGCUCGAGCGUUUGGUAAUGCCACUUUCUUCAACCUAAGGACUUGUUUUGGGGCUCUUAUCCAGGCUCUGUCUGUCUUCCCUGAGGAGCGUGAGGUGCUGAUACCCCCACAUGAAGUCUUCUUGGUCACUGGGUACAUCCAGGAUGGAGCCCAGAGCAUAGUAAAUCUCUGGAGUUCUAACCAGACCUGCAGCCACUUUAACUGCGCCUAUUUGGGGGGGGAGAAGAGGCAUGGCUGUGUGUCCUCAACAGAAGUAGGGCAGCCAGAGUUAUCCUCCACAGAGGCCUUGGCUCUGCCAUCAGGGAGGACAAUGCUCUUGGCCCCUGGGGAGUUGCGGCUCUCGAGAGCUGGACCCUGAAAGCCUCUUAGGAACCUUGGGAACUGAUGACCUUUUUAUGACCUUUCUAUGAAGAGAGGGCUUUGGGUGGCCCCAAGAAGCAAUGGUGUGGUUCUGGUUCUAGUCCUAGGGGCUACCUCUCCAACCAGGGAUAGAGACCUGAGGCCAUGGCAGGGUCGAGGGAACCCCACUAUGUGGUGGGGACUUCCUAGGACACAUGAGGUCAAGACUGGAUGGCUACUCAAUUAAACCAAGUUGUGGUAUACAGAAA